AUGAAAUCAAUUAAGGCUAUCUUAUUGGGCAUGCCUUCAAGAGAGCUCAAAGAAUACAUCCCAGUCAUUUCAAGAGUCAAGAAAGGCGUUCUUAGUGAAGAAGAGAGCUACCAAAUGAGCAAACUUAUGAAAAAAAAUGUGAUGCUUAAGUUUAUAAGUCUGCCCAUCUCAGUGUCAGUAGGAUAUUUUAUUCCAGUUCCUCCUGAUUUUACCUCACCUCUGCUUGCAAAAAUAGUUGCAUCUUUCUUUAGUUACCGCAUUUUGACUGUCCCUUAUACAAUGCAUACUUUUGAGUAUAUCAAAGAGAUAGUCAACAAAUAUGACCUGAGAAAUAACCCUGAAUUACUGAAUCCUUCAAGAAUUGAAAGAGCUAAAGAAAUUAAUGAUCGAAUUACGAAAGAUUAUGAUAUGCAUAAAAAUGGCGAUAACGUGCCACCCGACCUCUCGACCCUAUUUUCUCAAACAACUGCAGACAACGGCCUAGUGGUGGGGAAUUAUGUGGGCAGGAAAUCCUUUAUGUAUGUCCGGCUAGGUUUUACUUGAACCCUGGAGCUAAUCGGUGAGACUCGGGCUUUUACCUCUAGAGCAACCAUUGAAAGAACAAGAUCGGCGACAGUCCUGAGAGGAGGCUAAAUCCCUCGAAUAGUACUCAAGAGAUGGCAUUUGUCUACGAGAAACUGGGAGUUUCGACCCAGGUGGUUAGCCAUUCGAAUCCAGAAGCCAUGGAAGUCAAGACUGGUUGUGCGAAUCACUUGUUUGCGGCAACAAGGAGGGUGUACGCUGAAGCUCCUCGGGAGCGAUGAACGUGUAGGGAUGGAAAUCCCUGCAAUUUACUAACGGCUUUUCUUAAUCUUUAUGAAAGAGUAUGAAGAAGAAAUGGCCAAGAAAAAGGAAGGAGAGCCAAAAGAAACUUAUGAGGAGUUCAUACAGAAGAAAGAAGACAAUUUUGAAAAACUCGUGAUGGAAUACCAAGCAGAAAUGGAGCAGAAGAAAGAGGAGGGGAACAAAGAGACUUUUCGACAGUUUUUAGACAGAAAGAAAAAAGAGCAAGAACAGGGGAUAGAGGAUAAAGGAGAAAAUAAGAAGGAGAAUAAAGGAGAAGAUAAGAAAGAGAAUACAGAAGAAAAAAAGGAUUAG